GCGAGGGGAGCGGAAGGAGGAGGAGCUCCUCCUUUUGCCGGCUGCUGUGUGUUUGUGUUUGUGAAGCGAGGCAGGGACGGCGCUGGAAGGCGGGGCCCGGCUGCGAUGCCUUGCCGGCGGCUGGGCGAGGAGCGGCGGCUGCUGCUGCUGGAGCGCGCCGCGGUCUCCUUACAAGCCGGGGGCGGCUCCUCUUCCUCCUCCUCCUCCUCCUCCUCCUCGGUCGUCGGAGCUGGAGAGGUGGACGCCUUGGUGACCAGACUGGGCGAAGUGCUGCAGCUGAACGCCCAGAACCGGAGCCCGGCGGCGGCUGCGGCGGCGGCCUCGGACCCUCGCCUCCUUUUGGGCCCGAAGCAGCGCAGCCGAGACCGGGCGGCGCCUUACGCUUCCCCGAGAGGCCUGGCCUUCCUCGCCUCCCUCCAGCAGAAGAGCGAGAGCCCUCGGGGGGGCCAAGCAGCUCUGCGGCCGGGGCUGGAUGCGCCGUCGGAAGCACCUCCACCAGCCCCGCCUCCGCUACCCUUUGCUCCCCGGCGACGAGACGAGGACGACCCUCACCGGCUCCUCCAGCAGCUCAUCCUCUCCGGGAACCUCAUCAAGGAAGCCGUGCGGAGGCUGCAGCUGGCGGCGGCGGAGGCCAGGAGCAGCCCCCCGACGGCCUCCUCCUCUUCCUCCUCCUCGUCGGCCUCUUCCGCCGGGAGCUGCGGCUGCCACAGCAGCAGCGGAGAAGGGGACGCGGCUGCCCUCCCGGUCUCGGCCUUGCGAGCCCUGCCCUGACGUCGCCUGCUCCCUCCAGGGACCUUCCGAGGAGCACCCGGCUUCCCUCCUUCCCUUCUGAGACCCCGCGGGCCUUUCAAGGGGGGCCCCCUCCAGAGACCCUUCCAGGAGGACCUAGCCUUCCCUUCCUCUCCCUUUGCUCC